AUGGACUUGCAACUCCUAGCGUAUGUUAUCGUCUUUGCGGUUCUUGUAUCAAGAAUCAUAUCGUUAUGGCUCACCAGAUUUUCCCAACAAACGGUGGGUCGACUUCCACCAGGCCCACCAAGAUGGCCUAUAGUUGGCAAUCUUCUCCAACUAGGGCCACUGCCUCAUAGGGACCUAGCUUUGUUUUGUGAGCAGUAUGGCCCAUUGGUCUAUCUUCGUCUCGGAAAAGUUGAUGCGAUCACCACCAACGACCCCAAUAUAAUUCGUCAGAUACUUUGCCAACAAGAUGAUGUAUUUGCAUCGCGGCCACAAACCCUAGCUGCAAUUCACCUAGCGUACAACUGUGGUGAUGUUGCAUUAGCGCCUUUCGGGCCUCGAUGGAAAUGGAUGAGAAGGAUUUGUAUGGAGCAACUUCUUACAACAAAGCGACUUGAAUCGUUCGCAAAACAACGUGCUAGUGAAGCCCAACAUCUCGUACAAGAUGUAUGGGCUUUGGCUCAGGCUGGUGACCCGGUUAACCUAAGAGAAGUUUUAGGUGCGUUUUCUAUGAAUAACGUGACCCGAAUGUUGUUAGGGAAGCAAUACUUUGGGUCGGGCUCAGCCGGACCGAAAGAGGCCAUGGAGUUUAUGCACAUAACUCAUGAACUCUUUUGGCUACUAGGAUUGAUCUAUUUGGGUGAUUAUUUACCAUUUUGGAGAUGGAUUGACCCGUAUGGUUGUGAAAAGAAAAUGAGAGAAGUGGAGAAAAGGGUCGAUGAUUUUCAUAUGAAGAUCAUAGAAGAACAUAGGAAAAGGAAGAUGAACGGAGAUCAAAAAGACGACAUGAAUAUGGACUUCGUUGACGUUUUAUUGUCGUUACCGGGUAAAGAUGGCAAAGAUCAUAUGGAUGACAACGAAAUCAAAGCUUUAGUUCAAGAUAUGAUAGCUGCGGCAACAGAUACUUCGGCUGUGACUAACGAAUGGGCAAUGGCCGAAGUAAUCAAACAUCCUCAUGUCCUCUACAAGAUCCAAGAAGAACUUGACGAGGUUAUUGGUCGUGACCGAGUGGUCACCGAGUCAGAUUUGUCAAAUCUUAAUUACCUACGAUGUGUGGUACGAGAAACCUUCCGAAUGCACCCAGCCGGACCAUUUCUCAUCCCUCACGAGUCCAUACACGACACCGAGAUCAACGGCUACCACGUCCCCGCCAAGACACGUGUCUUCAUCAACACUCAUGGUCUAGGGCGAAACACGCUGAUAUGGGAUGAUAUCAACGUGUUUCGACCAGAGCGACAUUUGACCACUGACGGGUCCCGAGUGGAGAUAAGUCACGGAGACGAUUUCAAAAUCUUGCCUUUUAGUGCAGGAAAGAGAAAGUGUCCUGGUGCGCCACUUGGUGUGACAUUUGUGUUGAUGGCAUUGGCUCGACUUUUCCAUUGCUUCAAUUGGAUCCCGCCCGAUGGUUUAAGGUGUGAGGAUAUUGACACAGAAGAAAAAUACGGUAUGACAAUGCCAAAAGCCAAACCAUUGAUGGCCAUUGCAAAACCCCGUUUAGCAAUUCAUAUGUAUCAAUCGUAG